AUGUUUCCCUCUAUGAUCACACGUCUGGCGCUGCCCCCCGCACCUCCCACUACUGCUGACAGCACUGCUCGCUCCCAGUGGCAGACCCGUGAUGCUCACGCUCGCCUAGCCGUUCGCAGCCACCUGCCGUUAGAUGAGCGCGAGCACUUCGGCCAGCAUAAGACCGCUAAGGAACUGUACGACGCAGUAGUCGCACGCUACUCCUCCCCUGCCACUGCUGCUAUAGGCCGUCUCUCACUGCCCUAUCUCUUCCCCGACCUGUCCGCGUUUGCCACAGUAGCUGACCUCAUCACCCACCUCCGUACCAGUGACCUCCGCUACCGUGCCGCGCUCCCCCCUGAUUUCCUCGCCAAGAACCCCCCCCCGAUGGGUGCUCCCCCUCCCCCCUCCUCCCCUCCAUUGCAUCUGCUGCUGCUGUCGUGCUACCUCAGAGCUGAGGGGGUCGGGGCCGCGUCUUCUCCUAGUGGGAGACGCAAGGGCGGCAGGGGCAAGGGGGGCAGGGGUGGUGGAGGUGGAGGAGGGGGCGGCGGCAGUGGAGGGGGUGGGGGGGCGGGGGUGGUGGCGGAGGUGGGAGUGGCGCGGGUGGUGGGGGGUCAGUGGCGGCACAGGGGGGGUGGCGGUGGCGGUGGUGGGGGUGGAGGGGGCGGUGGUGGCAGUGGUGGCGGCGGUGGAGCGGGUGGCGGACGUGGGUGGAGCGGUGCAGCGUGGGGGGUUCGGCGGUGGCCAGAGGCAGCAGCAGCAGCGUCCCGGCGAGACUCCCUCGCCCCAGCAACUCCUGAGACAGCUGCUCCACGUGCUAGUGCGUCUGCUGCCCUAGGUCCUGGUGAGGCUGCUGCUCUUGGUACGCGUGCGUCUCCUGCCCUAGGUCCUGGUGAGGCUGCUGCUCUUGGUGCUAGUGCGUCUGCGCUUGCUGGUACUGCGUCUACUGAGGCACUGCACACCUUCACACUCGACUCGGGUGCUUCCCGCUGCUUCUUCCGUGACCGCACUGCCCUUGAGCAGCUAGCUCGGCCAGUUGCUGUCUCUCUCGCUGACCCCUCUGGGGGCCCGUCAUUGCGACCUCCUCCACUGUCCUCCCUUGUCCUGCUCCCGUCCAGCACCCUGUCGGGUCUUUACCUCCCCUCCCUCUCUACGAACUUGGUGGCGGGCUCUGCUCUUCAGGAUGGGGGUGUUCACCAGUUCACCCCUGCCUAUGAGCGUGUGACCCACUGUACGUGUGCUAGGACAGGUCGCCACCUAGCUACCUUCACUCGGCAGCCGGGGUCGGACCUGUACACACUGACCACUGAGUCCCCUCAGGUAGCUGCGUCUGCGUCUGCGUCAGGUCAGCUGUCGGCCCCCUGCUCGUGUCGCUCCCUGUCGCACCAGACGGUUCUCUGGCACCACCGUCUCGGUCACCCGUCAGUGCAGCGCCUUCGUGGCAUGCACUCCCGGUACCUUGUCUCUGGUCUUCCCAGGGUUCUCCCUCCCCUCCCGCCCUCGCCUGCUCCUCCCUGUCUUCCCUGCGUCGAGGGGCGGCAGCGCGCCGCUCCUCACUCCUCCUCGUUCCCUCCCACAGAGGCUCCUCUGCAGACUCUCCACCUGGACGUGUGGGGCCCAGCCCGCGUCCGUGGACAGGGCCACGAGCGGUACUUCCUGCUGGUUGUCGACGACUACACGCGCUACACCACGGUCUUCCCCUUGCGCGCCAAGGGUGAGGUCCCUGAUGUUUUGAUCCCUUGGAUCCGCGCUGCUCGUCUCCAGCUCCGCGAGCGGUUCCAGUCGGACUUUCCCGUCCUGCGACUGCACUCUGACCGAGGUGUCCAGUACGCUGCGCAUCAGCUCAACCUCUGGCCCCGUGUCUCCGCUCCGGAGACCUCGCCCACACUGCUGUGGACGGGGCAGGUUGGCGAUGGCGUCGCGCUAACCACCGGGUCUGGGGUGCUCAUGCCUUUGUCCGCGAUACCACUGCGGACAAAGCUCUCCACCCGUGCUGUGCCUUGUGUCUUCCUUGGCUUUGUCCCCGACGCGCCUGGUUGGCAGUUUUACCACCCACCACUCGCGCCGUGUCUUCCCCUCUCAGGACGUCACCUUUGA